GACUUACAUUGACAAAUUACUACAUAUAGCGAUGCCUUAAAAUGCAUUGUGAUCGUUCAAUGACGGCCUGCGUAACUAAUCGACAGGAAUCGACAGGUUUUAAUUCAGGUCGCCCACCCAUGACACGGUUAACAGUGAAAUCUAUAUAUAGCCACACGCGAGUGUCGCCAGUAGAGCAAGCGUGGCAUCAAUGGAGUCACGUUCAUGAAUUCCUUGCCUGAGAAAUAUAUCGCGUAACUAAGGUGUGUUUGAGGCGCGCGUGUGCUCUGAUGUAUCGAGUGGAUAGCCCUAAAAUGGAUUUUACAGAAAGUGCCUAAAAAGAGAUGAUGGCAUGAUAAAGGAUGGUCACUGCAUUUCAAGCUCCUUGGCGACUCGAGAAAAACAUCACAAUGACUCUGAUCAACGACAUUCGUGGUUCUUUAUCGUCGUUCAAAUUGAGACCCAUACCUCGACGAUAUUUUGUCACGGCCUUUGGAGUUCUCUGUUUAAUCUACAUCGGUUUGUAUACUAUUUUACGGGGCGGUUCCAUUCUAACAGAAUCGUCUGUUUUCAACAAUGUUGUUUGUCGAACUCCAAACUGUGAGGACAAUAUAAUCAAGUUUAAUGAAACGCAUUUUGUCAAUAAAACUACAAAGAAAUUGCUAGUAUGGACGACGUUUUUCAUUGGUUCUUGGGCGGAGAAUGUAGCCGAAUAUAUGAAUAAAAGUAAAUACAGGUGUUCAGUGACAACAAACCGAGAUGAACUGGAGUCCGCCGACGCUAUUCUUUUUCAUUACCUCGACCUCUGGGUGUGGGAGACGGUACCCGGAUACAGAAAAAAAGAUCAGGUUUGGGUGAUGUACAAUGCCGAAGCACCCCCUCAUCUUCACUACACGGGUUUAACUUGGAAUAAUGUCUUUAAUUGGACAAUGACCUAUCGAAAGGAUUCCACAAUCCACGGACCAUAUGGGGCUUUUGUUCCAUUAACACCAGAAGAGAAAAUUCAAGCGUCAUUAAGAUAUCGCGGGAAUGACUACAGUGCUGGUAAAUCAAAGAUGGUCGUCGCAGUAAUUAGUGAUUGCCCGGAUGAUGCACAAAGAUAUAGACAUAUGCGAGAGCUGCAAAAAUAUGUUGAUGUUGAUUUUUUCGGAAAGUGUGGAAAUUUGACAUGUCCUAGAACACCUAAUGCUAUUUGCUAUAAUUCGACUUAUAAGUUUCGUAUUGCUUUUGAAAAUGCAAAUUGCAAGGAUUACGUAACUGAAAAAUUUUGGAACAGCAUAGCUAGAAAUGCUGUUCCAAUUGUUAAUUGGAAGCGGGACCAGGUCAUAGAAGCCCCAGCUAAGUCGUAUAUCAAUAUACACGAUUUCAGCAGUGCAAAAGAAUUAGGAGAUUAUUUGAAUUUGUUAGAUAGGAACAAUACGUUGUACAAUGAGUAUUUCUCGUGGAAGUUGAAUUAUAAAAUUUUUGGUGGGCAUCAUAUGUGGUUUCCGUUUGAGCAUCUGUGUGAUGCGCUCCACACACCAAGGGAAGCUCAGACGAUCAUAGACCCGAAUAAGUGGAUCAGGACGGAUUCGUGUAAUAAGUGGUCGAUAACUGGUGUUUUGAAGAGGCACUGGGACAGAUUCUGGUUUGAUUGGGGCUGGUGACACACUGCCAGAUACCAUUAGACCGAAGAUCAUUUGAGCAUGCGCAAUGGAUGCGUACUUAUCAUUUUCGAUCGACACAUGGAUUCGCCUGUCGGUUGGAGAUGCGUUCCGGACGGUCUCCUCCAGGCGGCCUGCUCCAGAUUGUCGUGCACGACUGAUGUAGUCCAUUGGGUACGGAUCCACUAACUACCUCACUGAAAAAAAAGACAUACGGGAGGCCCGUCACAUGCCACCAAGAGCAAUACAAAGAUAAAGUGCCCAAAGACACAACCACGGCAGUACAGACCGGCCAGUUUCUCUGUUUCCCGGGAAACGCCAACCGACAUUGUAAGGGAGCCUCGAACCACACCACAGAUCUUCACCUUCAGGUUAUGUGGCCUUCGCUCUAACUGACUCCCGCUCUACGUGGGAAAUGAAAGAAAUGCAGAUGGAAUAGUUACGAAGCUAUGAACCAGGCUUACCUUACUUAAUCUUGCGAUACCCACAGUCACGUGACUAUCAAUAUCCUUGACAGAAAUCAAACUCAUAUGGAAUGUGAUGGUCCAUGGAUAUAUGAAGUCCAAUAACUAGAUUGCGUGGCUAUGUGGUUGAGUGUCUUGUCUUUAAGUAACGUCGAGCGUGGUCAGCUCUGGGAUGGGUAACCGCUUCGUUGUACCCCCGGUGCACGUUAAACGUGUACAAACCGAUGGAUGGGGGGAGGGACGGAUAAACGGCUGGAUAGAAACGUGGGCCGGGCACAAAUACCCGUUACAUAUUACAAAAUGUUGAAGUUUAUUUUCCAGAUUCACAAAUUUAUUUACCUGACUUACGUAAGUGUCGCGAGACAUAUUGCCACGUGACAAUCAAUACCCGUGGAACAGGAAUCAAUCGGUGUGCGCCGAUGAAUGGAGGGAUUGACAGAAAUAUCAGUGGUCCGUGGAUCAAUCUCUGUUACAUAUUGGUUAUUUAUCCAUUAUAAAAUAUCCAAGAAUUCAAUCUUCCUCACUGGACAAUGAACCAAAAUUACAGCAAAUUGCCAAAUUCGUAUAAGAAGUAUCUUUAACGUAAAAGUGUGUAAAAACGGUGAGAGCCCAACACGGAAAUUCAUCCAACGGUCCGAUUUAAUGGAGAGCGUUGUUGACAUGUUUCGGCUAUAGAGUAGCUGUCAACAGCACCAUGUCAACAACGCUCUCCGACUGUAAUGAUGUUUUGGUGUUCAUGUUUGCCUUUACGCCUUAGUCAAGGCAGUUGUUUGUGAUAUUUUAGAAUUGAAUGUGAUUUUGACUAGCAUAAGAUACAAAAGUGGAGAGUUUCAAGUCGACCUACUAGCUUAGACUAGCGGGAAUUCCCCAUUAGCCUAGUGGUAGUUUGUUUUGAGAGCAAAAGGUCGCUUGUUUGAAUUACAAAGGUAAUAUGUAUGGUGCUCUACUUAUAUAUAUAUAUACAUUUGUAUACAUAUCCAAAAUAAUGUUCAAAUGCUGCACAAAUAAAAUUCGAAAAUGUCCACCA